GGCCAAGUUUACAAUCUAUAGGUUUAGUAUCUACCCGAGUGUCAAUGAUACGUAUGUAGUAACGAUAGAUGAUGUUUGUUGAUUUAAGUCGUCAAAUAAUAGCUAAGAGAUGGAAGAGAGGAUGUGGAAUUGUACAUUUUUAAAAGUGUUUGCACUGCUGCGACUGAAAUAAAUACGGGGUUAAAAUACAUCGAGAGGUUAGAAUUGGAAAGAUUCGUCCGGUCGCUCAAGUUUGAAGUUUUACAACAGCUGUAAAAAAAAAAAAAAAAAAAAAAAAAAACAUUAAAAAAAAAAAAAAAAAAAAAAAAAAAAAAAAAACAUUAAGCUGAAAAAUUACCGAAGAAGAAACAUUCGUAACAAUGAGGACUAGACCUGUGAGAACCAUGGCCAUUCUCGGAGUAGGCCUGAUCCUUGCCUGCUGUGUAAUGAUCUAUCUGAUGAUGGAUUUAACUCUCUUUCCACCUGGACAGGGUGCUAAGCUUUCUAUGAAUGAUAAUCAAUGGCUUCAUUUUGAGAACAGACUCACAAAAUUAGAGAAAGACUUCGAUAAACAUCAUAAAGUAAUGAAUGCCUUGCAGGAACAAGCAGCAAAAAUUAAACAUAAUUUUGUGUCAGUUAUGCAAACAGCCAAUCAUAUAAAUAAUUCCGAUUCUACAAUUUCGCAUUCAGGAAAGAGUCUCACGUGUAAUUUCAACAUUCAAAAAGUUCCAGAGGUUGACAUACAAAUGUUGGAACUGUAUAAACAAUUGGAAUUUGAUAAUCCAGACGGCGGAGUUUGGAAGCAAGGCUGGGACAUUGGGUACGAUGAAAAGCAAUGGCAUCCUAACAGAAAAUUAAAAGUUUUUGUUGUACCUCAUUCCCACAAUGACCCUGGUUGGUUAAAUACUUUUGAGAAAUACUAUACUUUUCAAACUAGAAGUAUAUUAAACAAUAUGGUAACCAAGUUGAGCGAGGACAGAAGACGCAAGUUCAUUUGGGCGGAAAUAUCAUUUUUUAAACUCUGGUGGGACGAUCAAUCGAAAAUAAUAAAGGAUGAAGUACGUCGCCUCAUACACGACGGACAAUUAGAGAUUGUUACAGGAGGCUGGGUAAUGCCGGAUGAAUCUGUGUCUCAUUGGUUUGCUCAACUGACGCAAUUGACGGAGGGUCAUCAAUGGUUAAAAUACAAUUUGGAUUAUACAUCGAAUUCGGGAUGGGCCAUUGAUCCGUUUGGGCUUUCUCCUACCAUGCCGUAUCUUUUAAAGAAUUCAGGGUUGGAAAAUCUCUUGAUACAGAGAGUUCAUUAUUCGGUCAAGAAGAAAUUGGCUAAGGAUAAAAAUCUGGAAUUUCGUUGGCGACAAUUGUGGGACAAUGACGGCACUACAGAAUUAUUUACUCAUGUUAUGCCGUUUUACAGUUACGAUGUUCCUCACACAUGUGGGCCGGAUCCGAAGGUGUGCUGCCAAUUUGAUUUCUAUAGAAUGCAGAAUUUUGGUCUGAGUUGUCCGUGGAAAGUCCCGCCGAAGACCAUAACGAAAGCGAAUGUAGGCGAAAGAGCGAUGCUCUUGUUGGAUCAAUAUCGCAAGAAAGCGCAGCUGUUCAAAACCAAUGUGGUACUUGCACCUUUAGGCGAUGACUUUAGAUAUGCACAUCUCACCGAAUGGGAAGCGCAGUAUAAUAACUAUCAAAAGCUUUUCGACUACAUGAAUGGAAACAAACGUUUAAACGUCGAGAUACAAUUUGGAACUUUGAGCGAUUACUUCGACGCGGUCAGAGAAAAACGCAAUUUAAAUGAAUUUCCGACUUUGUCUGGUGAUUUCUUUACUUAUUCCGACAGAGAUGAUCAUUAUUGGAGCGGAUACUAUACCUCCAGACCUUUUCACAAACGAUUGGAUCGUGUAUUACUGGGUUCUCUGAGAGGAUCGGAAGCAUUAGCUGCUAUAGGUUGGGCUAAAGGCAACGAUGAAUUGGUGGAAGGAAAUCUCGCAUCCCGUCUGAGCAAAGCCAGAAUGUGGCACUCGUUGUUUCAACAUCACGACGGAGUUACUGGGACUUCCAGAGAUAAUGUUGUCAUAGAUUACGCUCAGAAAAUGAUAGCGGCGUUGAAUAAUUCCGCUCAUGUACUUCAACAGUCUGUAGCACACUUGUUAAGAACACGUCAAACAUCGCCCAUAGAUGUAGAAGCUGUAUAUUUCUCACUGGACGAGACAAGAUCGCAUCACACGAGCGCAGGCGAGAAGCAUGUUCUCAGUCUCGGAGAUGAUAAUCCCUCAAAAUCAAUUAUCUUUUACAAUUCUCUCCCGAGACAAAGAACAAAGGUACAAACUCUGAUUGUAUCGACGCCAUUUGUCAGAGUUACGGAUCGUAAAGGUCAAAGUGUCAAGUGUCAAAUCUCUCCCGUCUGGGUUGGCGCAGCCGCGUUAUCCGCAGCUAGAUACGAACUAUCGUUUUUAGUUACUGUGCCAGGACUUGGUAUUACAACAUACAUAGUUCACGCAUUGCACAAAGCGACGUAUACCAAGGACGUUUAUCCAGCCAAUAUCACUGUUUUUAACACUGAUAUCAGCAUUCCAUCAGUACCUGGUUUCGAUCACUUGACGAUUUUGCCGCAUACGCAGGAAUUUUCCAUUGUUCAACGGCCGGAAUUAGCCGCCUCUUUCGGAAAAUCUGGUCUGCUGAAAGCCUUGCGAAUCGGAAACACCACGGUUCCCGUGCAUCUGGAAUUCGUAAAAUACGGAACUAGAGGUUCCGGUAAAGACAAAAGUGGCGCUUAUUUGUUCCUGCCCGACAAACCGGAACCGGAUCUAGUAUUUAUGGACGGCAGAGCAAUUGUUCAUCUAACAGUCGGGCCCAUUUUGUCAAGAGUGUUUAUAGAAUUGGCGUACGUGCGGCAUACCUGCACGUUGUUCAACUCACCCGGGAGCGACGGACUCGGAUUGCACAUAUUCAACGAAGUCGACAUAACGGAAACGCAAAACUAUGAACUCGCGAUGCGUCUCAACACGGAUAUCAUAUCCGGCGAUCAAUUUUUCACGGAUUUAAAUGGGCUUAACAUGAUUCGACGACAAAGAUUCCCCAAACUUCCCACUCAAGGUAACUACUAUCCAAUGGCAGAGAGCGCGUAUAUAGAGGAUAAAAAAUUUAGAUUAACAGUAGUCACGGCGCAGCCAUUAGGAGUAGCCUCUAUGGCAUCCGGACAACUUGAGAUUAUGCAAGAUAGAAGAUUGCUUCAAGAUGACAACCGAGGAUUAGGACAAGGCGUAAUGGACAAUCUGCUGACGAAUCACGUAUUUACAGUGAUUCUGGAAAAGAGGGAAACAAAUUGUGCGACACCACCCGCAAAUCAUCCCGCAGGACUAUUAUCCUUGAGUGGUCAUUUAGCGUCAGAAGAAUUGCUACACCCGGUGGUAGCGCUGCACCAUCACAGUUCUCUGCCGUUCGAUCUUCGCGCACAUUUCGCGCCUCUUCGAUACGAUCUUCCAGUAGACUUAAACGUCGUUAGUCUCCGAGUGUUUCCCAUUCCCGAGGGAGCUGGCAAAGGUAUCGGUAUGGUGCUACAUCAAUCGGCAUUAGACACUUGCUUCAACAAUUCUCUCCUACGACGGUUCAAUGUUUCGGAAUCAGGAGAGAUCGAUUUGACGAAAUUCUUUAAUGAUAUGGAAGACUGGACCAUAAGCAAAGCGCCCCUUACGUUCCACAAUGUUGGACCGUCUCUUAAGUCGCCUGUUAUAAACUUGUGCCCGCAUCAAAUAUUGUCGAUCUUGUUUCACAAAACGCAAUCUUAAACGGGAAAAAGAGUGUUCAAUGCGUGUUGUAAGAGUAUUCAACGUGUGUUGUUCUCUCUCUUUUUUUUUUUUCUUAUUCGCGUAAAUUGUGUUUACUCAAGAUCAUGUAAUCCAAGUGCGCUGAGACUGGUGGACUUGAAUUGUCCAAUUUAUAUCUGAAACAAUAUUAUAAGUACACACAAAAUUAUUAUACUGGCUCAAUUAUGUUAUGUAUGCGCGUGCGUGUGUGUGUGUUUGUGUGACUAUAUAUUGUAAUAAAUAGCAAACUGCAGUCAACACGUAACAAAUCGUUUUAGAAUUACAUAUAAUUUAUUGUCGUAAGCAGAAAAGAGUAGAAUUUCUUUUCUAUGAGUUUCAAAAUAAAUCAAAAACUCGUGUGAUCUACUCGCAUUAUGUACUUACUCCGACAUUUUAAUACAAUUCGAUAAUUUGAUGUUUAGUACAUCAAUUUUAGUUGUUUUGUCUACUCAAAAUCUCGUAAACAAAACUUUCAAAUCAAAAUUUUUCCAUGUAUAUUCAUACAAAUACGACUGUAUAUAUACAAAUUUUCCCUACAUUUGGAUUUUUUGAAUUUACAUUUAAGUGGAUUAAUUACAUAAUUGAUCACACACAAUGGAGUUGUAUUUAAAAUCAUUUUCUCUUUUAUAAGUCAUACAAGAACAUUACUCUUGAUAUUUUUUUUUUUUUUUUUUAUGACUUACUGUUAAAAAUAGACACAAAUACACACACUUGUAAUAUUGAAUCACAGAUCCAAUCACUAUCAAGUAUAUAUAAUAACAAUUAUACGUAAAAACCACAAAAAAAUAAUUAUAAGUAAACGUUAUAUAUACGGUGUAUUUUAAAACAAUGAUAAAACAAGCAAUUUUGGCAAUAUUGUUUUGAUAUACUCUGUAUUAUAAGAAAUUCUUCUCUAUUUUAUGUAUGAGCAUUUAAUUGUCAAAACUGCUAUGCCAAAAAGAAGAGAUAUUAAGUAUGAAUGUAUGUUGCAAACAAAUACAAUGAUAAAAAUAUACGAAGGAACAUAUAUUGUACACUUUGUACUAUAUGAUUCUUCAAAUAUUUAAAUAUGAUGGAAAAGAUUUACAGUGAUUAUAAGAAACAAAUUGAAGACAUUUAGUGUUAUUGAACUGAGUGAGAAGAUCAACAUGAUAGAACUUUCUUUAUCAAAGUGAACACUUUGGUACUAGUCAAUUAUAUGGAUUGUGUGUGAGAUGAGCUCUUAGGUUACAUAGAACUAUUUUAUACACUUGUAUUAUAUAUAAAAAUGUAUAUACACUGCUCUAAAAAAAACAUUACUCUUAGAAUGUACAUAUGCAAAUGGCUUUAAAAACUUCACGCUAUGUGUACAAGAGAGCAAUGAGUUGAUUCUGCGGGAAGAGAAGAGUUUUUUCUCUGUGAACAGUUUUUGUCAACUGCUACUGAAAACUAAAGUAAAACAGCAGAAGAGAAAAGCUUCUUCCCUUCUUGCAAAAACUGAUUUAUUACUUUCUUAUGUACGCUCAAGUACAAUGUUUUUGUGCAUUUACAUUGCACAAAAAGUUUUCUUUUAUAAAUGUUUAUAAACUUAAAGGUGAAGAGAGAAUUAACGUGAAUCGAAAUAUCUUUAUCUGUAAGUGCAUAAGACACCAUGAUGUACUUGAUUGUACUAGUUAGAACAGAUAAACAUUUGUGCUGAUAAA